AUGGGAUCCAAGUCUGGAAAGCAGUACGCAGUUGAGAGCCAAGAGGAAACUCAACAGUGGUCUGAAGAGCCUGAAGCAGAAGGCCAGGAAGAAGCGUGGCCAAACCAAGAUGGCCAAUGGGAUGAACAAACUGGUGAGCAAGGUGCCAUCUGUGUUGCCAGUGCUGAUUCAGCACAGCAAGCACCCAAACAGAGGCCACUCGCUAAGUUUGAGAAGGCGUUGGAAGGAGAACAGAAGGAGUUCAUGAAGGGAAAGAUUUGGAAGCGCCCAGAUGUGUUCUGGAAUAUGCCCUUCAGGUUGGUAUGCAAUCAAAGCUGCUACGAAUUCAGGUUCUACUGUGGAUACCAGCGCUGCAAACACAAAGGCUUCAACACCCCAUCUCAAUUCAAGCAACACCUGCAGUCGAAGGACCCCUCCGUGUUGCCAGAGGGACGCAGGCAAUAUGGACCUUGGGAUCCAGUGACUGGCAACUUGGUGAAUGCCGAGGUCCAAGAAGUUGAUUCUGAACCUUUGAGGAAAGCUCUCGAGAGGAGCAAGGAGAGAAUGAAGUUGACGCUUUCUUCAGGGAAGCCACCUGCUCAAGAAGCUGCUGACGUCGAGAAGAAGGAGACGGUGUUGAUAAAAGCAACACCCAAGCGCAAGUCAGAGAAGUUCGGAAUGACACAUGUGGAGGAGGUCGACUCAUCUGAAUACACUCUUGAUUCAGAUAUUGAAGAAGGUGAAUCUGAAGCUUAUGAGGAAUAUGAUGAAGCGGUGAAGGUUCCUGAAGAGAAUGAGGAAGACUUGAAGGCUUUGAGAGAAGAGAAGAGCCAGGAUCUCACGAAGAAAGACUUGAAAGCUUUGGAGGAGAAGAAGCGUGAGGAAAAGGAGCCAUCGCAGAAGAAGCCUCAGCCUGCCUUGAUCAUGCAGAAGCUUGAGGAGAUUAAGUCCAUCGAUGGAACCUUGGUACUUCUGGAUCGUGACCAUCCAGCACGCAAAGCUUUGGAGGAGACAGUCACCCAGAAGAGGGAAGAGAUCAAGAAGAUUCAAGCUGAAAGGCAGAAGGCACGUGGUAGAAAGCACUCUGUCAGGCAGGACAUCAAGGAGAGGCAGAGGAAGAGAGCUGCUGAGCACAGGAAGUCUGGUCUCAAGGCAAGAGCUAUUGCCAAUGUGGCAAAGCAAGGGGAAGCUGAGGAGCGCUUCAACCAACUGGAUUCUGGGAGAAAGGUGAGGACGUUCCCCAUGGCUGAAAGGGAGUUGUCAAAAGAUGUUCAAGCUGCGCCUAUGAGUAAGGAGGAGAGGACCUUCACCAAGGAUGAUUGGAAUGAAGAGUGUCCUGAAGUCAAGCGCAGGAGUAUGGAGCUCCCACCUGGUGAGAAGAGAAGGUUGGAAGAGAAGAAGGCCAAGUUCAAGGAGGACAAGGCUUCAAAGAAGAGCAAGUCUCAGCAGAAGAGGAAGGAAGAUCAGCUUCUCAAAGAACUCAAGGAAGAGAGCUCCAAGAAGAAGAAGAAACAGGAGGAGAAGAAGGAGAAGCCCAUCGUCACCCCUGAGGAUGAAGAGGAAGCAGAGGUUCAAGCCUUGUUGGCUGAAGUUGGAAAGUCAUCAGGACAAGCAUCUGGCAGCGCUGGUUCAGCACACCGGGAUCGCUGGUCGAUGGCUGACACUUCCAAGUACCAUGGUGGAUCAUCGAAGAGUUGGUCCAACCAGUGGAAAGGCAAUUGGGACAAGCAGUCCUAUUGGGAGCACGAUCAAUGGGAGAACUACUAUAGUUCUGGUCGUGGCUCUGAACAGCCUAAGUCUCCAGAGAAAGGUCCAAAGAAGGAGAAGGAGGCCGAUGAGAAUGAAGAGAACUUGGAAGGAUCUCCAAAGAGGCGCAGGAUCAACUUUGAUGAUCGAAGGGUUGCAGGGCCGUUGAGGAUUGACAAAGGACGUAUGGGACCUCCAUCCUCUGAGGAGAGUCAGGAAGGUGAUGAUGUUGGACUAGAAGGUCUUGACCCAACUGAUGAUGAGUUGAGAGAGCCAACAGCUCAUGCAGAGGCGCCCGAGGAGGGGGAUGAUGAGAUAGAUCCUGAAGAAGGUGAAGAAGGCCCAGGUCAAAGGGGACAGAUGAGCUGCUUCUUGCUAAGCUUUGGUCCCCCAGCAAGUUGCCACCAAGACGUGAUGGACCAGAAGGAAGCAACUGGUGCCGUGUAG